CCCCAGAAGCCUCUGAAUCCCUUUCUCAUCGUCUUCGGCACAGUACCUCCACCAUCAUCCGCUGAUUCAUUCGCUGCCACUAUUGUUUCAGGUUGCAUAACGUGGUGGUGUCCAUGUGUUACCUUUGUCCGAGUUGCAGAAAUUGUUGACAGGGGAUCCACAUGUGCGGUGAAGAGCAAGGGGUUCAAGGAAGGUUUAGACGAUGACGGCCACGCGCCGCUGUCUCCAACGGAGGUAAAACACUCGGUGGAGCCUCUAAACACGAGGUGCAGAGGCGAAGAGGACGAUGGAUUGAUCCAUCACGAUAGUGAUUCGGAGUCUCCGACCAAUUGCCCCGCGGGCGUGUUGUGCGGCACCAAUUCGGGGACGAAUUUCACUGACAGCAGUAGCGGCGGUAGUAGCAGCAGCAGUUCCAGCAGCGACAGGUGCUGUUCCGGGAAUGUCACCGAGGUGGAGGAAGAAGAGGAAGAUGAUGAUUAAAAUUCAUUUUAGGGUUUUUUUUUCUCGAUAGAAAAGGCCCAAAAAAUUGGUUUUGGGGUUUUUUCAGGGUAAAUUUUUUUUUAUCACAGAUGUAUUAGAAAACGCUAUUCAAGUGCUUCUCAUACAUUCACACGUGAAAGUAGAAAUUGGAGCUAAAGUGGAAAUAAAAGAAAAAAAAAACAAUUUUCAA